AUGCGUACCUCAACCCUCCUCCCCCUUCUCCCAGCCACGGCCCACGCCUCCCUCCUCCCCCGGCAAUCCCCCCCAACUCAAAUCAUCCCCCUCGCCUCAACCGAAAACCUCGCCGCCCGCUCCAAUGGCCACCUCCUCGCAACCAACAUGAACUCCCCCAACCUGUUUACCAUCGACCCCAUCGCCAAAACCUCUGGCACCGCCCUCCGUUUUCCGAACGGCGUCACAGGACUAUCAGGGAUCGGGGAAUACGCGGUUGACAAGUUCGCUGUUAUCGCUAGUGGGAAGGCUGUUUAUACCGUUGAUUUCUCUUCCGAGGCACCUACCGCAACCUUACUAGCCACGCUAUCAGAAGCGCAAAACCUAAAUGGCCUAGCCGUAUUGCACGAAACAGCAGUGUUAGUAGCCGACGCCGGACAAGGUGUCGUCUACAGAGUGGACACGGAAACGGGGGAGUAUAGCGUGGUGUUGCAGGACGAGGAGACAAUGGCACCGGCGUCGAAGGCAAUUCCGUUUGGGAUUGAUGGGAUCAAGUAUCGCGAUGGAGUGGUGUGGUAUACGAAUAUUUUUAAGAAUAGUUUUCAUCGGGUUUUGGUGGAUGAGGGGACGGGGGAGGCGAGGGGGGGGUAUGAGACGCUGUGGAGGGAUUUGAUGGGGGAUGAUUUGUGUUUUGGGCCGGAGGGGACGGAUACAGAAGGGGGUGGAGGGAAGAUUUAUGUGGCGACGAAUGGGGGGAAUUCGUUGGUGGAGGUGGAUGUGGCGGGUGUGCCCGUGGGAGGGGGGACGGUGGUGCCGGUGAAGGUGGGGAGUGUGACGGGGUCGACGUCGUGUGUGGUUGGGAGGGGGGAGGGAGAUGGGAAUGUGGUGUAUGUUGGGGCUGGGCAGGGGGUGUAUGCUGUGACUGUGGGUGUAUAG